CCAUGGCUGUGAGGAGACUUUUGGCUCUGCUUCUUGCUUGCUCAGCAGCCCUGCUACUUCUGGGUGGCUAGUGAGUGGCAGCAACUAACUAGCAGUGGUGGUCUCUCGUCUCUAUGCUGGAGAAAGGUAGAGGGAAUAUGGGAAGCAUCUUGUAAGCCUUUCUUCAGCAACCCCUAAUAAUCUCCAGCUGAGUCUCAGCAGUAAGCCAGAGCACCAUUUAUGAACACUUGCACACCAUGGCUCGCUACAAAUAUCUCCAUGGGAAAACCCGGCAUUCCAUAGACUUGCUUCAGCUAACUUCUUUUGUUCCUGAGACACCUGCUUUAGAUAAUAAAGAACAUCUUUAUUUGCUGUCUGCUCCCUUUGUAUCUCUGGGAGGACUUUCGCCAAAUGAGAAGGAGAUAACUAAGAUUGCAGGACCCUUGAAACAACGUUUUUUCCGCAAGCAAGCAGGGCUGACCAAUCGCUGGCAAUUUCCAUUCAGCCCGAGUUGUGACCUACUGGGAAUUGCACAAGCUAAUAAAGCCACCCGAGUUGGUCUCAAUGAGACCUUGAUGAGAAUAAUAUCAGCUGACACUCCUGUAUGCCUGAAUGCAGAACGAGAGGCCUGCAGGGAAACUGCAGAAUUCCAGGAUAUGACUGAUCAGAACUCUUUUUCAACCUCUCCAAAACGCAAGCAUAGAUCUAGGAUUUUCUCUCGCCAAGGAACCCCAAAUGAGAUACUAUUUUCUUACACACAGAAGGUCACAGAAGGCAUGGAGCCAGAUGUAACACUGGAGUGCUUGGGCUUCCAAUGGGAGCUUCAUCGCAUGUACUUAUUUAAAUCUCAGGUCCUCUCACAGCUUCUUGCUACAGCUGUACAGAAAAGUGACUUACAAAUAACAGACAGCAAGCCCAAAGUUGAAAAAGAAACCAGAUGUUAUAAGCAGUGUCUACUGUCUGGUCAGAAGCACAAAGAAUUCCACAAACAGAAACAAAGAAUGACUAAAGUCACAAUUGCCUUGGAGAUUAAUGAUCCAGAUGUCACUCGAUUUGCCUUUGCUGUUGCACUCAAGAAUUUAUACAGCUCAAAACUUGAAGUGAAUGAAGAAGAUGUUCUGGGAAUCCUGGCUACUGCAGAGGUAUUACAGUUCCCUAGCCUUUUCCAGAAGUGUGUACAGGUCAUGAAGAGAAGCAUUUGCACAGCCAAUGUCUGUAGCUAUUAUUCUGCAGGGUGCAAGUACAAGCAGCCCACCUUGAUCACCAACUGCGAAAGAUGGAUAGAGGUGAACCUUGUCCCACAGCUCGGCUCUCAGAUUCACCUGCGGAAGCUGCCACUAGAAUUACUACAGAAAGUGCUCAAAUCUUCAAGAUUAUUUACUUUCAAUGAAUUUUACCUCUUGCGGACUGCACUGUGCUGGGUCUUCCUGCAGCAAAACCCCAAAAUUCAGAUAAUUCCAUCUUAUGAUACAGUCCUCACAUAUUUUAGCAGCUUACCCAAGAUAUGUGCCUUCCUGGAAAGGGAAGUAGGACAGAGAUACAUAGCUAUUUUUCAAUCCCUCCGUCUACAUGGCAUCACUUCAAGUAAGCAUCUGGAGGAACUAUGGGAAAUUAACUUCCUUCCUCUUCCGUGGCUGACAAGGAUCUUGUCUGAUCAUUACCAUGCACUAGAGAAUGGUGGUGACAUGGCAUUUCAGAGGGACUUUAACACUCAGGCAGUGAGAUUUGGUCUAGUGCUUACACAGGAACCAAGAUACCAUUCAGAAAUAAUUUCGAUUUAUGGAUUCUUCUUUGAGAUAAAAGCAGUAAGACAUGAUGCCUCAGCAUACAGUUUUUACAUGCAGAGAGUCAAACAUGCAGAUCCAAUUAUAUCUUUUUUUACUGCCGAACGCAGCCCUGUCAGUUUAAAACAAGAGCGGGAAGUCAAGUAUGAAAUUAAAGCACAGUGCCAGAUAGAGGGCAAGUGGGAAGAGUUUACCACAGAGAGACUUACUCAAAGGUUUGGAGUUAAGAAACCCAGUUGUAAAAGCACGGUUUUGAAAGCAAGCAUACCAUCGGUUCCCAUCUACGUGACAUUUUCUCUUCUUUUUCCAACAUCAUAAAAGACAGCAAGCACUCUAGUCUCUUCUGCUGAAGAACUCAUUUUGACACCUGACGUAUGACUAGGAGUGUUUAUACCAUAUGUUUAAAGGCCUGCACUGGUCAGGCAGGCAUCACAUUUGACAUAACAUAAAAAUAAACCGCUCAGCUCAUUUGGACAUUAA